AGGAUGACCACGCAAUGCUCAUGUUGUGUGGGCACAGACACUCCACUGUCAACUGUCUGCAUCAGUUUGCAGAUCACUUUCUGAUCUGCUGGGUUGCUUUUACAAGGGAGAGGUGCAAAUUAAAGCUAACAACAACCAGCUGCGCCCGCGCACUCAGUCUCAGCAACCACGAGUGAAGACCAACUUUAUUCUGGUGACAUUUACUUUCUUUUCACUGCUUAUUCUGAAAUGUGAAACCCUGGCUGUUUCAAAACUAUUUCGGGACACUGUGAAAAUCAAAAACGCCACCUUGAUUUGCUGUGAGGAGUUCAUGUCUCUCUAUAUAUCAAAGAUCAAAUUCACAGAUCUUUUUAAUGGCCAUGUACGUUUAUGUAGCUGAGCGUGGCCAGCCCGUGUAUGUGGAACUGUUUGCAGUCAAACAUGAGGACAGGGACUUGGUUCUGCUGCUGGAGGACAGCUGGGCUACACUGACUGAGGACUCAGAUGGCCCACAAAGAUGGAAACUGCUGCUGGUGACAGCCACAAAACAGUUAUGCUGCAAGUUUCCAAUAGCCUACAGAACUAGGAUGAUCCUCCAUUCACAACUGGUGUAUUUCCACUGCAAUGUAGAGAUCUGUAAGGGGCCAGAGUGCCUGCAGCCUUGCAGUAGUUGGAAAUCGACUUUUAGACCGUUCAUCUUUUGUCUUAUAAAUCUAAAAAUAACACUGAUCUCACACGUUAACAUGUAACACUGUAAACAAAAGAUUGUUUUUCUUUGUUUUGGGGGAGUGCAUAAAUCAGGAAGACCUCCUGGAUCACUAUAUGACAAUCAAAUCAACCAAGGACUGUACAGUUUGUAAUGAAUAUUAAAUUGUACCUCCCAAAAGACGUUUUCCUUAUAAUAUUUAAUCACAUAUUUAAUUCUCCUCCAAUCACUGUACAGCUUUACUGUCACUUUGGGUUCUUUGUGUCAGCAGCAGGGCUGGACUGGGACAAAAAAUCGGCCCGGGCAUUUUGACUAAAAACCAGCCCACCAGGUAUUAUAGGAAA